GUUGUUUCAAUAAGCUUACCCAAACAUGCCCUUAAGUUCCAUUCCAAUCGUUCUUCUGCAAUCAACGAUCUCCAGAUUCCAAUUGACUGUACGUCUGCAAUCAGUGAUCUUCUCCGAUUCCAGUUCGUUUUUUCGUCUACAAUCGUUCUUCUGCAAUCGAUUCCAAGUCUGUCACAGGAAACCCUAGCUUUUGGAACUGGAGAGAUGGAUCGGAUUUCACAACUUCCUGAUUUCAUUGUUCAUCACAUACUCUCGUUUUUUGAUAAUUCGAAUGGCCCUCCUGUAGAGCUUGUUCGAAUGAGUGUUCUAUCUAAGACCUGGUUUCACCUAACCGCUUCUUUCCCAAUUUUAGAUUUCAGGAUGUACAAUUUUAGACCUCAAGAGCAAGAACAAGAAAGUUUUUAUAAGUAUGUUGUCUAUACUACUUCUAGAUUCUGCCAUCAAAAUGUCACUGCACACAGGCUCAAGCUCAGUGCAAAUAUCGAGGAACCUGCAGAAUUAGACAUUAUUAAUAGAUGCGUUGAAAGAGUUCUCAACAAAGGCGUGAGGGAGUUGGAGAUUGAGAUUAUUAACUUGUCAGAUAUCCCAAAGUACCGUUUGCCUGACACACUCUUAUCUGUUUCUGUGUUAAGAUCUUUGACCAUAAAUGGUUGUGAAUUGCCUUCUUCUUUGAUGGUGGAUGCUGUCAAGUUGUCAUUGAUUCAAUUGAGACUUGAAGACGUCACGAUAGAUGAUGAGGUGAUCAAGUAUCUCGCCACACGCUGCCCUCUUCUACAAGUAUUUGAGAUUAUUAGUUGUCCUGGCUUUAACAGGUUUUGUGUUCAUGGACAUCAAAAUCUUCAAGAAGUUAGGAUUGAGUAUUACACUCCAAUUGAGAGUAUAGACAUUGAAGCUCCUAAUCUAUCUCGUCUUUGGGUAGCAGAUUGGGAUCAAAGAGGGGCACCGCGAAUGAACCUGACCUCAUGCAAAAAUCUAAAAACAGUGUCUUACUUGGGGCAUCCCUCACCAAACUCGAACGGUUUCAAUGACCUCUUAUCCAACUUCCCCGUCAUUGAAAAUUUGGUUUUAGUUACUCAAUAUCCAUGCAACAACCUCAGGUUGUCGAGUCAUUCCUUGAGGACAUUGGUGCUGCGUGCAAACUGUGAUUUGGAAGAAAUCGAGUUCAGAACCCCCAAGUUGGUUUCGUUUUGUUACCCUUUUAAUCGUACUAUACUCUGGCCUCUUGUAUGGCAUUCAACCUAUUUGAAACCAUGUAUGCAAAUUUAUCCUGGCGAUCAUAUAGACACACUUUGGUUCCAGAAGUUAAGGCAGUUUUUGGACAAGGAAAAUGGAUUCAAGGUUUUCAACCUGUUUCUUCACGCCAUAUACUACCAGAAACUCAUAGAUUUAGAGAAGCUAAAGGCGAUUGGGUUGCCACCUUAUGAAUUGGAGCAUGUUGAGCUGCAACUAGAAGCCCAUGAAGAAUCAUCAGAUCGUAUAACUUUUUUGGAUGCUGUACUUUGGUGUUGUCGUCCUCGAUCUAUAACUUUAAGAUCGUCCCAUCCUUUAACUGAUUUUGAAGAACAAAGUGAUCUUGUCAAGUUUACAUACAAGAAGCUACUUGAACAAGAAGAUAAAGGCCAUACCAAUGUUCAUAUUGUGUCGCCUUCUUCUUCCAAAGCCAAAAAGCACUUUAGGGGCUUAGUGUGUGAAGGAAAAGCAAUUAGCUUCAUAAAGGAACAAGGUACACUUUUUAUUAACUAAUUAUAUAGACACAUUCUUUACCACACUUAAAGGUAUGCGGGUAUGGAGACAGUUAAAGGUAUGCGGGUAUGGAGAUUUGCUGAUAGAUAAAUUUGAGCAUAAUGCAGUUAACCUUU